CCAACACAACUCCACAUCACCUUCCUUCCCCUCGCUGCUCUGUAACUAGCUCCUUCUCUCUCUACUGCGUUUUUCACAGUACCUCCAUUAUCUACCUUUCUUUGUCACCACUCAUACUCACCUGCAUUUCAUCCUUCUGUCCUUCUCCUUCCUUUAAAUCUUGUCCUCACUCACCCCAGCACGCCAAACCUCGCUGUGUUGAUCUUCUACUUCAAUGGCGCCAACCUUCUCCUUUCUCCCAUUUUUCUCUGCCGUAGCAUCCCUUUUACUAGUGUUAGCUUCUUCUUCUUCUUCUUCUCCCGACCCUGAAACGAAAACCUUCAUUGUUCAAGUUCAGCAUGAAGCCAAGCCUUCCAUUUUCCCUACCCACAGACACUGGUAUGAGUCCUCCCUUGCUUCCAUCUCUGCCCAUACUUCGUCUUCUGAAGCGACGAGUCGCAUUCUUCACACUUACGAAACGGUGUUUCACGGUUUCUCUGCAAAGCUUUCACCUUUAGAGGUUCAGAAGCUUCAGUCCCUUUCCCAAGUAGUCUCCGUCAUUCCUGAGCAGGUUCGCCAUGUACAGACCACGCGUUCCCCUCAGUUCCUGGGGCUCAAGACGCCCGACAGUGCCGGUCUGCUCAAGGAGACCGAUUCCGGGUCGGAUCUUGUAAUCGGUGUCAUUGACACUGGUAUUUGGCCAGAGAGGCAGAGCUUCAACGAUCACGACUUGGGUCCUGUCCCUCCCAAGUGGAAGGGCCAGUGCGUUGCUGGGAAAGACUUUCCUGCGAGCUCUUGUAAUAGGAAGCUGAUCGGAGCUCGGUACUUCAGUAAGGGCUACGAAGCUACCAAUGGGAAGAUGAACGAGUCGUCGGAAUAUCGUUCGCCGAGAGACUCUGAUGGUCACGGAACUCACACAGCUUCGAUUGCCGCCGGAAGGUACGUUUUCCCAGCUUCGACUCUCGGCUAUGCUAAGGGAAUGGCCGCCGGAAUGGCUCCAAAGGCUCGACUUGCCAUCUACAAAGUCUGUUGGACAGGUGGCUGUUAUGACUCCGACAUCCUUGCUGCAUUUGACGCCGCCGUUGCCGACGGUGUCGACGUGGCCUCACUCAGUGUCGGAGGCGUCGUAGUACCGUAUUUCCUUGACGUCAUUGCCAUCGGCGCUUUUGGAGCCUCCAGCGCUGGGGUUUUCGUCUCUGCCUCGGCUGGCAACGGUGGCCCGGGCGGCCUCACCGUCACCAAUGUCGCCCCAUGGGUCACCACAGUCGGUGCCGGAACCAUAGACAGAAACUUCCCCGCAGACGUUAAGCUCGGAAACGGGAAAAUCAUACCUGGGGUUAGCAUCUAUGGAGGACCGGGUCUAACUCCAGGUCGGAUGUACCCGAUUGUGUAUGCCGGUUCAGAAGCAGGCAGUGAUGGUUAUUCGUCAUCACUUUGCUUGGAAGGCUCAUUGGAUCCAAACUUGGUGAAGAACAAGAUCGUUGUAUGUGACAGAGGCAUCAAUUCGAGAGGUGCAAAGGGAGAAGUAGUGAAAAAAGCAGGAGGAAUCGGAAUGAUCUUAGCCAAUGGGGUUUUCGACGGCGAAGGACUAGUCGCCGACUGCCACGUGCUACCGGCCACCGCCGUAGGUGCCACCGGGGGUGACGAGAUUCGAAGAUACAUCUCAGAAUCUUCUAAAUCCCAUUCAAUUCCCACAGCAACGAUCGUAUUCAAAGGAACACAACUGGGAAUCAGAGCACCAAUCGUGGCAUCAUUUUCAGCUAGAGGACCAAAUCCAGAAUCUCCAGAGAUUCUAAAGCCAGACAUUAUAGCUCCAGGGUUGAACAUACUUGCAGCUUGGCCUGAUAAAGUAGGACCUUCUGGGGUUGCUUCAGAUACUCGCAGGACUGAAUUCAACAUUCUUUCUGGUACAUCAAUGGCUUGCCCACAUGUUUCUGGUUUAGCUGCUUUGUUAAAAGCAGCACACCCAGACUGGAGUCCUGCUGCUAUAAGAUCAGCUCUUAUGACUACUGCUUAUACAGUUGACAACAGAGGAAACAAAAUGCUUGAUGAGUCUACUGGUAAUGUUUCUUCAGUUUUUGACUAUGGGUCCGGCCAUGUUCAUCCAGAGAAAGCCAUGGAUCCUGGUUUGAUCUACGACAUUAACACAUAUGGCUAUGUUGAUUUCUUGUGCAACUCCAAUUACACAACCCAAAACAUUAAAGUGAUUACCAGAAAAGGAGCAGAUUGUAGUGGGGCUAAAAGAGCAGGACAUUCUGGGAAUCUGAAUUACCCUUCAUUCUCUGCUGUGUUUCAGCAAUAUGGGAAGCAGAAAAUGUCCACUCACUUUAUCAGAACUGUGACCAAUGUUGGGGAUGCAAAUUCUGUGUAUAAAGCCACUGUGAGGCCUCCUAGAGGGAUGGUGGUCACAGUGAAGCCUGAUACUCUUUCUUUUAGGAGGCUUGGUCAGAAACUGAACUUCCUUCUUAGGGUUCAAGCUAGGGCUGUGAAGCUUUCUCCUGGAAGUUCAUCUGUGAAGAGUGGCCAUCUGGUUUGGUCUGAUGGGAAGCACUCUGUCACAAGUCCUCUGGUCGUGACAAUGCAACAACCUCUGUGAAGUAUUAAGAAUGCUGUCCUGUUUCAUGUCUUCAUAAAUCCCUGAGGUUCUUGUUUUGCAUGUAGAAAUUUUUGGGAUUUUUUUUUUUCCUUGUAAUAAUUUCUAUCUUAGAAAUGUUAUGAUUAGCUAUGUAUGAUAGAGAAUGUGGUUUGUUGAGGUUUUUUCAUUGUGAGAUGCAUCAUGAAGGAACACUCUUUGUAAAACUAAGUAUCAGGCAUCAUGGGAAGCACACUGGCACGUAAUCCUCUGCUUGAGUUGUGAUUUCUGUAACAGUAUAUAAAGAACUUGUGUUUCAGCCAA